GUGUCGCCCGCUGUACAGACAAUGGCCCGGUAAAACUACACUGGCGUCCGUUUCCGCCUUGAGCGAAAGAACUCGGUGGUGCAAGCGGAGACCGGCCGCGUUCAUAAUGCAGCACUUCACGUUGCACGCAAAGCACACGGUACGAAUGUAAUCUGCAGGCACGACGUGAUAGCAUUUCGCACGGCUGUUUUCCAGAUGGGCUCCCGGGCAGUCACAGCACUGGUCAUUCUGCUUCUUUUCGAACAUGGAAAAUGCGACCUCUGCGACAUCUGUCGGCGAAAGCGAGACAGCGCGGUCCGCAUGCCGUACAACCAGCGUUGGCACUUUGACGCCUCCUCGUUUCUCUGCCAGCCGUUCAACUUUUGCGACGACGAGAUCACGGAGCGCAUGAAGGGUCGCAAGUCAAAGGCUGAAAUCAACUGCGGAGGCGUGGACUGUUUCGAGUGGCUGUACGAGUCACUGAAGAAGAGGCAGGCGCAGGAAAGCGACCUGCCCAAGACUAUGCUCAGCCACCACCAGUACCACGCGCCCCUCGCAACGACGACGGCUCCGUUGGCGCCCAUGCCCGUCUUCACCGCGCCCACCAGACACGGCGAGGCGACGACCACCCAGCGCACUUCCCCUGUCACUGUCAGGACCAUAGUCAAGGAACCUUCCACGUCGCAGGACGAUGCGCUGAAUGAACCCGAAGCACCUUACGAGUUCGGCUUGGCCAAGCCCGAGGCAAUCCACGUCCCUCUGGUUCCCAAGCAAAGCUCGCACCGCAAGCCCGAGCUGUGCACGCUGAAACCCGACCGUGGCCGCCGCUGGCCGUGCUCCCAGCGCUGGUACUACAACACGGAGGAGAACGCCUGCAGCACGUUCACCUUCUGCGGCCAAAAAGGAAACAGAAACAACUUCCUCACGAACGAGACCUGCUACGAGGAGUGCCACGAUGGUAGUCAUCGCACGUAGGUGGCAAGAUGGACGCCAUCUCACAGCAACGCUGCGGUCGCAAGUGUUGAGGAUUCGACGCUAGGCGGAAGCUGUAUUGUGUACAAGAACUAUUGGCAAGAAAUGGAUGAAAAAAAACUUUUCUCGACGAAUUACUUACUGUGCAAAACUUGAAUGAAGCGAAUCAGGUACGACAAGCGUAUUUAGUAUAAUUAUGAUUUGUGCAUGAUUAUAAAUAAAUGAGAAGACAGUGGGUGGGAAAUGGGAUGCCACCAGGGUGCAUAUUAUUAAAUUGUGGCUUGCCCUGAA